UCCCAUUUCGCAGGAGUUGCUCCGUUUGGGGGAUGCCCCUCAAAAUGUACAACACACUGGUGUUCUCCGUGCUGUGCGCCACGGCGUUGGGCCACCUGGUGGACCGGACCCUGGAGCCGAAGUCCCACGGCCGAGACGUGGUGGGAACGGUCAUCAACAGGAUCAACCGAAGUGGAGUGUUCCCCGACGACCGGGACUUUUUGCGCCGUGUGGCCUAUGUUGAGAGCAAGUUUGGCGAUGACCCCACAACCUACAGAGACGGCUACUUCGGGGGCGUUUGGCAGUUCGACCAACUCGAGAAAACGCAACAUGACGAGUCGGACGGUGGCAUCAGCCAGGAACUGAAGGACAUUCACGCAGGCAUCAAGGAGGAGUUAGGAAUCGACUGGCUCCAGGUAAAGAAAGAAGACCUACUGAAGCCGCUUUACUCGGGGCUGGCCGCCAGAAUCAACUUGGAGCAAACCCAGCAGUCCCAUGGUCAGAUUCCGGCCGACCUCGACGGCCAGGCCAAGUACUGGAAGGACAACUACACGAGCAGUCAAAACCAGGAAAACGAUUUCCAGACGAAAGUCCGCAAGCUCCUCAAAGACGACAUGCAGCCCUCCUCGGCUCGCAUCGACCUGAUGAUGGUCAUGACUGGCAGUAGCAGAAUCGACAACCUGAAUUUCAAGAAGGGGUUGGACACCCUGACGCGUCUGGCCGGUGUCUUCGACCGCCGGGAGGCCAACAUCGGAAUGCUCAGCUACGGUGGCGAAGAUGCUUUCGUCGAGGUUCCCCUUGUCAAUGAUUAUAGCAUGGAGAGAAUUCAGCAGAGAAUCCGGAACGCGAUUUACCCGGCGACUUGGACUAAUGCGUACGUCGGCAUGAAAGAGGGGAUUGCACAGUUUAAAGCUCUGCCGGCUGAGAGAAAGGAGAGUGGAGUGCCACGGCUUAUGGUCGUCUUCGCAGAUGGGGACAGCCACGGAUAUAUUGGACCAAACACCGCCGCUGAAAAUGCUGCUAAAAUAGGUAUCACAACUUUUGGCUUCGGCAUACAAAAUGUAUGGUAUAUACUAACCGACAAGGAAUUGCUGAAAAUCGCGAAUAAUAAACCUGAAAAUGUUAUCCGUGCGAACACGUUUGACGAUUUUUCGGAGCAGAUAUCUCGUUUCGUUCUCCGGGCAAAGUCUAUGCCUCAAUCGCCGAAAAUGGGCUCGGAAACGAAGGAAACUAUGAAAAGGGUUGGCGAGACGAGAAACUACAAGAUCAAGGUGCCAGCGAAUGGUGCGACCGUCAUACUGACCAAAGGGAAGGGAGACAUCCGUGGCUACUGGAUUAAUUCUGCUGAGCAGCCGUCAAGCGCCCUUUAUGAUGGGAUUUUGAAAGAGGGGAAGACUUUUAUUCCACCACAACAAAAUGCCGACGGUGAUGUGCUGAUUGCGCUUGAGAGUCUGGCGGCUGACAGCUCGGCAAGGAUAAAAAUAGUCGAAGGAAGAUCGUGAAGAAGAUAUGUCGAGGACCUAACGGAGACCGGAAGAUAAUAUUGCAUUGAAAUUUGAUUUGUAGAUUAUUAUUUAAGAGCCUUUAAUUGAUCUUUUGGAUCGUUUCAAUUAUUAUAAAAUGAGUAUAAAAUAAUAAAAUCAAUAAGCAUCCUCA